AUGGAUCGCAGCCAGCAGAUUGGCGGGCUGGGCCCUCGCCAUGACGCUACAUCGAGGGUUCAAAAGCCCGAAUCGGCUGCCGACCGGUUCGCAGCCCUGAAAGCUCGCGUCGCAGCCGCCAUCAGCAGCUCUAAAGCGAAGGGUGGUCUCAACACACCUCUCCACCCAGCUCUUGCCGAUCUCAAUGCGCCAACUAAGCCAGGAGACCCGCUCAAGUCAGCCAUUGGGUUACGCUCUACACAAGAUGCUUCAAAGCCCGGUCCUAAGGGGAAGCCGACGGCCGAUGGACCCAAGGAGAACCCCUACCUUGACACCAGCGGAACACCAGCGGGCAGGGAGAGGGCGCCAAGGCAGCUUAUUUUUAACCAGAAGGGCAAGUACAUUGCGCAGGCAAAUGCGCUCCGCAGGCAGGCUGCUCUGGAAGAGAUGAAGAAGCGCAUUGCCGAGCAGGCGCGCAAGGCAGGUUUAGACGAGGACCGCGACGUGGAAAAGGCAUUCGUUGUUGAGGCUCCUCCGGAGCUUGAGUGGUGGGAUGAGGGCCUUAUCGACGGCAAGGAUUACAGCAACAUCCCCGACUCCAUCAAAUUAAGAACGCCGGAUAGCAUUAUCACAAUAUAUAUCCAGCACCCCGUCGCCAUUGAGCCGCCGCAAGACAAGCUUGCACCGCCGCCGAAGCCCAUGUACCUGACGCCAAAGGAGCAAGCCAAGCUCCGGCGACAGCGUCGCAUGAUGGAGCUCAAGGAAAAGCAGGCCAAGAUCCGCCUGGGUCUCGAACCAGCGCCGCCGCCCAAGGUGAAGAAGUCUAACCUGAUGCGCGUCCUCGGCGAGGAAGCCGUCAAGGACCCAACGGCAGUCGAAGCGCGCGUCAAUCGCGAGAUUCAGGAGCGGUUCGAGAAGCACAUGGCGGCCAACGAGGCGCGCAAGCUCACCAAGGAGCAGCGGCACGAGAAACUGCUGCAGAAUCAGGCCAAGGAUGCGGCCAAGGGUAUCCACAUGCUUGUGUUCAAGAUCAACAGCUUGGCCAACGGUCAGCACCGGUAUAAGAUUAGCAUCAACGCCACGCAAAAUGGCCUCAGCGGGGUGUGCAUCAUGAAUCCUAAAUUCAACCUUGUCAUUGUCGAGGGUGGCGAGCACAGCAUCAACAACUACAAGAAGCUGAUGAUGCGUCGCAUUGACUGGACGGAGUCGCUGCCGCCGCGCGAGAAAGAGGGUGGUAAUGGUAUCCCCGUCCGAGAUUGGCUCAAGGCAGAGGACGAGAAGGGCAACUUGAAAGACUUGUCGCACAACAAGUGCGUGUUGGUCUUCGAGGGCGAGGUCAAGGCUCAGUCCUUCAAAAAAUGGGGAACAAAGAUCUGUGAGACAGAUCAGGAGGCCAGGGAGUUUUUGGCUCAGAAGAAGCUGGAUACUUUCUGGACGCAGGCCAAGAAUAUCCAGUGA